CAGUGUUUUUCACUGCAUUCAGUACUAAGAGUUGGGGACGAGGGAGCGUUUUUUCUCCGCAGGCUUAGAAACUAUACUUCUUUCGAAAAAUAUCAUUCGGAAGUUAAGCGUCAUAUCGAACUUUCUUUGAUCUCUUCAAAGUCUUCCUUACUAUUGUUACGUCAGAUCUGCUUUACGUUCUGUCUGUAACUGCUGAGAGUUAAGCAUGUCAAGCAAUCUUAGGCCUAGAUUGUGUGUUGUAGAAAAGGGUGCUGAUGGUUAUGGUUUUCAUCUCCACGGUGAGAAGGGGAAGCCGGGUCAAUUCAUCCGGCUUGUGGAACCGAAUUCUCCAGCUGAGAUAUCGGGUCUACUUGCCGGGGACAGAGUUGCGUUUGUUAAUGGAGAGAGAGUAGAAGGAGAAAGUCAUCAGCAAGUUGUCUCCCGGAUACGAGCUGUUACAGGCAAACUGGAUCUCAUUGUAAUUGAUGCUGAGACGGAGCAACUACUUAAAGAGCAUAACCUGAAGUGCCAAAUAGAAUUCGUCACCGGGGGCAUUCCAUUGCCGAGAAGCGAAUCGGACAGCAAAGACGAAGAUAAGAAUGAUACACCAAUGGAACCAACGCCUGUUUCAAACACAAACGGUGACAUUGCCAUCGACAGGCUGAGCGUGAGCUCCAAGGAGUCCAAGAAUGAGCUUCGUCCUCGUCUCUGUCACAUGAAGAAGGGGGCGAUGGGUUAUGGCUUUAACCUCCACAGUGAGAAAUCCAAACCGGGUCAGUGUAUCAGGGCGGUGGACGAAGGCUCCCCCGCCGAGCAAUCUGGACUUCGGCCCCAAGAUAAAGUGGUGGAGGUGAACGGCGUGUCCGUCCUGGGCAUGCAGCACUCAGAUGUGGUGGCUGCAAUCAAGGCAGGUGGAGACGAGCUCCGGAUGUUGGUGGUGGACCCAGACACUGAGGCCUUCUUCAGCCAGUGCCAAGUUCAGCCCACCGAGCAGCACCUGACAGGCCCUCUUCCUGAACCUGCUCCCAGUGGAGGUGCAGAUGAAGAGUUGAAGGAGGAGGGGCCUGAGGAGACCCAGCCCAGCGCGUUGGCGAGUCCUGCUACACCCAUGGCUUCCUCCACCUCAUCCACACCUACUGCUGCUGUGGCCUGCAGCCCACCACCUGAGGAGAAGCCAGAGGAGAAGGGUUUGUGUGUGGAUGAAGGUUCAGAUCUGGAUCUGAACAUGUCCCUGCAGCAGGCUAAGGAGCGUGCACAUCAAAAACGCUCCAACAAAAGAGCGCCACCUAUGGACUGGAGCAAACGUAGUGAGCUCUUCAGCAAUCUGUAAACCAGCUGCACCCCCCUUUAAUCAGUCAUUUAUGAAGUUUACCAUCUUCUGUCCAGCUCAUGAGGUCAGUUUCUAAGAUCAUCAACCAUGAGUAAAGCAACAGGGCUAUAGGAAAAAUGUCAGGAAAGGGGUGAAAAGGAAAUAAAUGAAAGCAAGAGGGGGAAAAUCCCCAUGUUAUAUUCAUUCAGUUUAAUGAAGGAUUGAGCACUGUAGAGUAACGGUUACUAGAUUUCUCUUUCAUCUGUCUCUUGCUGUCAGUUUCUGUCCCAUCUUCCUGUUCAUGCAAACACACACACACACACUAUUCUGAUAUUCUCAUUUCAAGCCAGUGUUAUUUUGCCAAUGUUAUUUUGUGUGUGUGGUUUUUCCAUCUUUUCUUAUAAUCACCACCUUUAUAGAAUUUAGCUUAUGAGAUUAUAAAAUUAUUACAUCAUGUACAGUGUAGAUUUUAAUUGUUAAACUGGAAAUUCAUAUUUUCCCCUAAAUGCAUGUUUAGCUAUUGAAGAUGUCUAUUUGUCCUUCUGAAAUACAUAUACACCACCAGCGCUAAUAGAUCUGCACAAUGUGCUGUACACACCAACUGAACAUCCAUUAUCCCAAACAUGCAUCUGGCUUAUCCAAGUUUAAGGCUUGAUGGAAGACUCACAAUAACAUAUAGAUGCAUUUUAAUUUCUUCCAUUCUUUAGAUUUAGUAAAGCGAAGUGUGCUAGAAAGGGUGGUGAUCCAUGGAGCAGGGGAGCCAGCUGUCUUGUCUAUCUGCAUCUGUGAAACUGAGCCACAUGAGGCAUUCACAUUUUAUUGUUAUAUAAAAGGAAACGGGAUGUAGGAAUGCUCUUGGCUGUCUCAAUACUGUUCAUUUUUUGAAAAUUUUGUAGAGAAACUGCUUUUUAAAUAGCAAAUAGGCCAUUUAUUUUAAAAUUUGGGAUUUGUGCAAGUCUUGAUAUUGUGAAAAUAAGACACUGGUAUAAUCACUGAUUAAUAUGGCCAAUUUCUAUUGUUACUGAAAUAGCUUUAAUUAUUUCUCUUUGAUCCACAAUGCUAUUGCAUCACUGAAACAAUUGUAAUUUAUUUUGGCUUGAAGAUUAUAUCAGGUAUUUGGCUGAAAGUUGUUUUCCUUUUUAAUGAACAUCCUUGAACAAGAAUCAGUGUCAUCACUGCGAACAAAAAGUCUUAUUUGGCUCACAUUACUUAAAUAAGAUUAAAUAAAUACAGAUGUUCCUGUAAUUUACUGUUAUGAAAUAUGUAAAUUCAUUUCAAUUCAGUUCAAUUCUUCCUUAAUAUCAUGUGAACACUCAAUGCCCAACAUAAAUAUGCUAAAAAAGUAUUCUCAGGGUUUGAACAUGGGACUUACUUUUGAUUAAGUGGACUGAGUGCUGUCUGUAUUUAAUCAAAAUGUUUACGGAGAACACAUACUUACAAAACAGUAAUUACUUUAAUUAGACAGAAUUGUGCGUAAAAUCUUAGAGAAUCUGGAAAAAGACUUUUUUAAAGCAUCCUUUAAUUCAGUGUAAAAUGUCUUGUUUUCAAAAUCAACAGAUACAUUUUCACAGCCAUGCGGAAACAGUUUGCAAUGCUUGUAAACAAAUUAACAUGUACUCAACCAACAAGAUCCCCACACAUUUGAACUAUACACAUUAGAAGCUAUCAAACCCUAUCACAGCACAAAGGAUCAUCAGAAACAAAGACAUGAACAUGUACAGACUAUCAAAAAGGUACAAACCCACAGCCCCCACCUAUCUGUGAGGGCUGCUGUUAGUUCAGGUAUCAUUAUUACAAAUCAUUCAGCUACUUGUAUCCAAAAUACAAAUUUUUAUUUUAUUAUUUUUUGAAUGUUUACUUUUAUAUUCACUUUCCACCUUAAAAUUCCUGACUUGAUUUCCUUUCAUAGACCAAAUUAAUGAGUUAUCAAAUAUAUAUAUAGCACCAUGAUGUAAUUACUAAGGACAGGGAAAGUAUCACAAAAACCCGUGUUAGUAUUGAAGGCCAGAACAGUACAGGCCUUAAGUGGACUCUUAACAUUUCUGCAUGCACUGAUGAUUAUCAAUCUAAAACACAUUUUAAUCCCUUAAUUUUGCUUCAAAUAUUGAAAAACAGGAUAAGGCAUCUAAUUUGCUGACAAAGAUUUUGCUUUAAAGGUGAAGUUGUGCGUUAGGGUGUGUUAAGAUUCAUUUCUGGGUAGCAGCAAAAAUCUCAUGCCUUGAAACAGUCACGUCUUAAUAUAUGCAAACAACUAGGUGAAUUUGGUCAUAAGAAAAAUAACAUCAAAGUGAGCUGACAUCAAAACCAGUGUUUACCUUAAUCCUGAUACUAUGAAUCAGAGGAAUAGCCUAUAUAGAAAACAUAUACUGAUUUAGAAGACAAGUUAAAUUGAACAGUCUCAUGGAAGUAAAGGAAAUAUUUUCACAAAUGUACAUUUCAAUAGCAUACCAACCACUUAACCAAAAACACAUCAAUAUGACAACACGGGGGAACAGCAUGAUAUUGCUUCAAAAUAUGUCAUAUGUGGCUAUAUAAUGGUUAACAGAAAUAUACAGAAAAAAUAUCAAUGUUUGUCAAAAAAAAA